GCGCUGUCCGGGGCGGCCAGAGCGGCGCGCACCGACCGACGGACGGGCCGACGGAGCGGCUGCAGGGCGGACCGACGGGGCAGCGCAGGGAGCGGGCACGCGGCGGGACAGCGACAUGGCCGGCCACUCGCAGCAGCCGAGCGGGCGCGGGCUCCCCGGCCCGGCGCCCUCGCCCUCCCCCGGCCCGGGUCCCGGGCCCGGAACCUCCCCGGAGCGGGUGACGCUCAAGAAGGAGAUCGGGCUGGUGAGCGCCUGCACCAUCAUCGUCGGCAACAUCAUCGGCUCCGGCAUCUUCAUCUCCCCCAAGGGCGUGCUGGAGCACUCGGGCUCCGUGGGGCUCGCGCUCUUCGUCUGGGUCCUGGGGGGCGGCAUCACCGCCCUGGGCUCCCUGUGCUAUGCCGAGCUGGGCGUUGCCAUCCCCAAGUCCGGCGGGGACUACGCCUACGUCACCGAGAUCUUCGGGGGCCUGGCCGGGUUCCUGCUUCUCUGGAGCGCCGUCCUCAUCAUGUACCCCACCAGCCUGGCCGUCAUCUCCAUGACCUUCUCCAACUACGUGCUGCAGCCUAUGCUCCCCAGCUGCAUCCCGCCGGCCGCUGCCUCCCGCCUGCUGUCCAUGGCCUGCCUGAUGCUGCUGACCUGGGUGAACAGCUCCAGUGUGCGCUGGGCCACGCGCAUCCAGGACGUAUUCACGGGCGGGAAGCUGCUGGCCCUGUCGCUCAUCAUCGCCGUGGGCUUCGUUCAGAUCUUCCAAGGCCACUUUGAGGAGCUGCGGCCCCGCAAUGCCUUCUCCUUCUGGAUGACGCCGUCCGUGGGGCACCUGGCCCUCGCCUUCCUCCAGGGCUCCUUCGCCUUCAGCGGCUGGAACUUCCUCAACUAUGUCACCGAGGAGCUAGUGGACCCUCGGAACAGCAAAGGUGGCUUCAUCACUGGGUCCCCCACGUGCCCCCCACGUGCCUGGCCGUCCCCAGCCCCUCGCCCCCCCAGGCUGAGCCCGCGCCGCUGCCCCCAGGAACCUACCUCGCGCCAUCUUCAUCUCCAUCCCGCUGGUGACCUUCGUGUACACACUCACCAACAUCGCCUACUUCACUGCCAUGUCCCCCCAGGAGCUGCUGGCCUCGAACGCGGUGGCCGUGACCUUCGGGGAGAAGCUGCUGGGCUACUUCUCCUGGGUCAUGCCUGUCUCUGUGGCACUUUCCACGUUCGGAGGCAUCAAUGGUUACCUGUUCACUUCCUCCAGACUCUGCUUUUCUGGUGCCCGGGAGGGUCACCUGCCCAGUCUGCUGGCCAUGAUCCAUGUCAGACGCUGCACCCCAGUGCCCGCCCUCCUCGUCUGCUGCGGGGCCACCGCCGUCAUCAUGCUGGUGGGCGACACCUACACUCUCAUCAACUACGUGUCCUUCAUCAACUACCUCUGCUACGGCGUCACCAUCCUGGGCCUGCUGGUGCUGCGCUGGAGGCGGCCGGCUCUGCACCGGCCCAUCAAGGUCAACCUCCUGAUCCCAGUGGCGUACUUGGUCUUCUGGGCGUUUCUGCUGGUCUUCAGCUUCAUCUCGGAGCCCAUGGUGUGCGGGGUGGGCGUCAUCAUCAUCCUCACCGGGGUACCCAUCUUCUUCCUGGGCGUGGUCUGGAGGAGCAAACCAAAGUGUGUGCGCAGACUAGCCGAGUCCCUGACGCGCUGGGGCCAGGAGCUGUGCUUCGUCGUCUACCCCCAGGGCUCCCCCGAGGAGGAGAGCGGCCCCUGGGAGGCCUCCCCGCUGCCUGCCGCCACCGACAAGCCCCUGAAGACACAGUGAGACGUCGAGGGGCCGCCGGAGCAGCGGUUUCUGUUUACAUGUUGUUUAUUGAGGAGGUGUUUUUGCAAAAACAUUUUGGUUUUUUUUUCUCCUGAAACAACAAAAAAGAUUCCAUUCUUGGAGGGGUGAGGAACCCCCAGAGGAGUGGAUAGGCUCCCUGUCACUCCAGCCUCCUGGCCUGCCUGGAAGGUCCCCGAAUAAAACAGGCUGGUGGCCCUCAAGAGAGCCGCCGCUCGGCUGA